AUGCAACCUGUGGUCAUUUCAUUUGUUUUUCUACAAUUCGUAUUUGAUACCUUGUCUUGUCUUGUAUGCGUGAAUCCGUAUAGGAAUGCUGUUGAAAUGGAAUCAACAAUGGAGAAUAUAACAGAAAUGGAGAAUGAGAGAGUUGAAAAAGACACCAAUCAGGAAACUGAGACUGUCGAGCCAAGUCAUGAUAAUGUUACCGAAACCGAUAAGGUAAUUGAGACUGAAGAGCAAAUUCAUGAUGAUGUUACCGAAACCGAUAAGGUAAUUGAGUCUGAAGAGCAAAGUCAUGAUAAUGUCAUGGAAACUGAGGAUAUGAAUCCAGGGGAGACAGUAGGAGAGGAAAAUCCCGUCAGGGACCAUAAAGAUUCUCCUUCUCAUGCUUCUACCCUUGAGCAGGGGGCCAACGAUGAUGAUCUACCAAAGCUUGAUGAUGAGAAGAGUUCCCUAAUAGAAACAAGCCCGCAUCUAAGUCGUUCUCCUGAAGAAGGGUUAGUCAAGCCUGCUGUGGAAGACACUGUAGAUUCUGUCAAGGCUGACAAAGAUGCUGCAGUAGUACAUGGAGAAGCGACUACAAUACCUGAUACCGAAGUCUCCGAGGACAAAAGAUCACCGCUUUGUGAUGAUACUACGGUGGAGCAGGACAAAUCUGCAGAAGAACACGACAUGAUAUCCUCCGGAGUCUGUAACGAAAUUCCAGUCAUUCCUGAUACCAAACCCUCCGAGGAGGAGGGAUCACCGCGUUGUGAUGAUACUACUGUAAUGGAGCAGGACAAAGCUGCAGAGGAAUAUGAGGUUAUACCCUCAAGAGACCAUAAUCCUGAUACCAAACUCUCGGAGGACAAAGGAUCACCGCUUCAUCAGGCUAAUAAUACUGUGAUGGAGCAGGACGAAGUUGCGGAAGAACAUGAGAUGAUAACCUCGGGAGACCAGAUCGAAUUUGCAGCCAAUCCUGAUGCCAAAGAUGUUGAGGAGAACGAUGACAGGAUAGACAAGAGCGAGGCUGACGAUAUGAUAUUGGCUGACCAUGGAAGUGGACCAGUUGAUCAUGAUCAAAGCGCCACAACGGAGCUUGACAAAGGGCCAGAAUUGCCUAGUUCUGAGACCGUAUCGGAACUGGAGAAUAACACAUCCGAGCCUCUCGUAGAAACCUCAAUGGACGUGGAAAAAGAGCCAGACAUGCCUGCCACUGAAAAUUUGACGGAAAAUGACCAAAACUCUGAUGUGUUGGACGCUGGAGUUUCAGGAGACAGUGACAAAGGGUUAACUCUCUUGCCCGCUACCCAGACUUCAUCUGACCAUAAUGAAGGAGUGACUACAGUUGAGGCUGAACCUACGGCAGACAUGGAACUUGACGUCCCUGAUUCUAAAUUGGUUACUGAUGCCAGCGUUGACUCUACUAAUAACAAGGAUAUGAAUGUCGAGGCUCCUACUAAUGCUAUAGGACUUGUGAGAAGUGAUACUGAUAUUGAAAGUGCAUCAGUGAGACUUGAACCUGGUCCUCUUUGUGUUGCAUCUUCUGAUACAACGUCCGAAGUGGGGGUAAGCGGAGGUUUGAAUAAUGGGGUCCAUAAAACAAAUCUGGCACCACCUGGUUUUGAUGGGACCAUGAGCGCAAAUCGGGUACCACCUGGUUUUGACGGGACCAUGAGCACAAAGCGCUCUUUCCUCUUGGAUGAUACGUCGGACGGCAAUGAAUCUGGAACGGAGGAGGAUCAAUCUGAUUUUAUGAAAGAACUAGAUCACUUUUUUAAAGAGAGAAGCAUGGACUUUAAACCUCCAAAAUUUUAUGGGGAGGGACUAAAUUGCCUUAAGUUGUGGAGAGCUGUAACUAGAUUGGGCGGUUAUGACAAGGUCACUGGAUGCAAACUAUGGAGACAAGUAGGAGAGUCUUUCAGGCCCCCAAAGACAUGUACAACAGUGUCAUGGACUUUCCGAGGUUUCUACGAAAAGGCUCUUCUUGAAUAUGAGCGGCAUAAAGUCAUCGGGGGCGAGCUUCAUAUACCCCUUGCCCAUGAACAAGAACCAAUGAAUAUUGACAAUCAGGCUACUGGAUCUGGUAGAGCGAGGAGAGAUGCAGCAUCACGUGCUAUGCAAGGUUGGCAUUCACAGCGUCUUAAUGGUAACGGUGAAGUUACCGACCCUGCUGCAAUCAAGGAUAAGAAUUUAGUUAUUCAUCAAAAGCGCGAAAAACAGAUAGGAACCUCCCCUGGUAUGCUUAAACGCAAGAGGCCAUCCACUGAACAUGGUGCAAAAAAUGUCAUUCAAGUGUCUAAACCUAUGUUGGAUGUGACAGUUGUUGAUGUUGGACCACCAGCUGACUGGGUGAAGAUUAACGUACAGAGAACGCAAGAUUGCUUUGAGGUGUAUGCAUUAGUCCCAGGACUUGUCCGUGAAGAGGUCCGAGUCCAGUCAGAUCCGGCAGGGCGGUUGGUAAUAAGCGGCGAACCGGAGAACCCUAUGAAUCCGUGGGGAGCUACUCCUUUCAAGAAGGUGGUAAGUUUACCGACAAGGAUUGAUCCGCACCACACAUCGGCUGUGGUAACCCUAAACGGGCAGUUGUUCGUCCGUGUGCCACUUGAACAAUCUGAUUAG